UGGAGCUUUAUUCAAGGAAGAACAAUAAUGAAGCCUAGUGAGAUGGGUCCAAUGAGAGUCAAGAUGAAUAAGGCAAGGAAUGAGUUGAAGCUGAUUGAUAAAGAAGAGAAACACUGGUUUUGCGGUGGUGACCGCAGCGUCGCAAUGGCAGCAGAAUUGCUACAGCAAGGCAAAGUAAUCGCAAUACCAACGGACACAGUGUAUGGCCUAGCUUGCUCAGCGUCGAACUACCGUGCCAUCCAGCGAAUGUACGAGAUCAAGAGGCGAGACGAAAAUAAGCCGCUAGCGAUCUGCUUAAGCAACGUCAAGGAGAUAGGCACAUGGGGUAUAGUGGAUGAUAUACCGCCUAGGAUCUUUACGAAUCUGCUUCCAGGACCGUACACAAUGUGCCUACGACGUACGGCUGCUUUGAAUUCAGCUCUAAAUCCAGGAGUUGAAACUGUGGGGAUCCGCGUGCCAAACAGCAAUUUUGUGCGCAGCGUUGCGAAGCUCGUCGGCCCGCUCGCGCUCACCAGUGCUAACGUCAGCAGCCAACCGAGCAGCUUCCAUCCGGAUGAAUUUAAGGAGCUGUGGCCUGAACUUGAUGGCAUUUUCUAUCAGUCGCGAAACAACCGAAAGGAAAUAGAAGAGCGUAGAGUGGGCUCUACCGUGGUAGACCUGUCGCGACCGGGUUACUACAGGAUAGUGCGCCAUGGUAUCGGCAAAGAUCUCUUAGUUAGCUGUUUGAAGACUAUCGGACUGAACAAUAUCGAGGAUGAAUAAGAUAUUUACGUAGAAAUAUCUUAAAUCUUUCAAUUUUUUUUCCUUAUUGAAUUUUAUGUCUUUGCCGCGCAAUAUCGUCCGAGUUUGAGCGGCGCGGCCUGAACGAAAAGUUGAGCAUCGGUGACUGGCACGGCGCUUUACGUGUUAAAAGUUAAUAUGCAAAAAUUGUACAGUAUUAUCGAGCAAUUGAUAGAUUUUUAUAUCUAUUUAAUAUGGUCGAAGUUAUAGUAAUGAUGUAGUUUUAAAAUAAUACAAAAAUGAUGGUCUGGUUAUUUUUUUAUGUCGCAGUUUACUCGUUCAAUUUAGAUUAAAGACAAUGAAUAUACAAUGGUUACCUAAAAAAUUAUGCGGUAAGUUUAAUUAGAGGAUUGAUAUUUGUAAAUAUCUGUAAAAACAUGAUGCAAUUUUAAAUAUAUAAACAUUCAAAUUUUG